GAUCCUGACACGUUCCUGCCCUCCACCCCUGAGCCGUGCAGCGCUGGGGGCUGAACAAAGAGCUGCUGCACCCUGGCAGCGUUCCUGGAGCUGAAAUGAGAGCAGGAACCCGAGGGCUCCGGUGUCACGAAGCACGCGGGGACGCGGGGGAAGAGGAGUUUGUGGAGCUGUGGGGGAGUGAGGAUCCUCCCCUCUGCGCUCCUGGGGAGCGUGGGCAGCUGCCAGUGCCAGGGAAGAGAAUUCAGAGAGCUCAGCCUGUCCCCCUGCUCACCUGGGGAGCUCUGCAGGGGCUGAGACCGGCCCAGCAGGGAUUUCCUGGCGUGGUGGGAGCCGCAGGGUGAGGUGAGCCACUGGUCAGUUCUCUCAAACCCUUGAUGUAGAAUGACAGAAUGUCCUGAGUGGGAAGGGAUCCACAGGAACCACCAGCCCAGCUCCUGGCCCUGCACAGACACCCCAACAAUCAGAUCAUAGAUAUUUGACUCCAGAACAAAAAAAAAGCGAUGGUUGUGGGGUUUUUAAAUUCAGAGUUGAAUCUAGCAUAGAGUGCCAAUGAACAUUUGAAGCUCCUGGGUUUCACUUGCAUGAAAAAGGUGCAGCAGAUGGACCCGUCGUCCCCGCCGUUCCUGCUGGCCAAGCUGACCCCCCUGCACUCGGAGCAGCUCCUGCAGGGCCUCAACCUGCUGCGGCAGCACCAGGAGCUCUGCGACGUCGUGCUGCGCGUGGGCGAGGCCAAGAUCCACGCGCACAAGGUGGUGCUGGCCAGCAUCAGCCCCUACUUCAAGGCCAUGUUCACCGGGAACCUGUCGGAGAAGGAGAACGCCGAGGUGGAGUUCCAGUGCGUGGACGAGGCGGCGCUGCAGGCCAUCGUGGAGUACGCCUACACCGGCACCGUCUUCAUCUCGCAGGACACCGUGGAGUCGCUGCUGCCCGCGGCCAACCUGCUGCAGGUCAAGCUGGUGGUGAAGGAGUGCUGCGCCUUCCUGGAGAGCCAGCUGGACCCCGGCAACUGCAUCGGCAUCUCGCGCUUCGCCGAGACCUACGGCUGCCACGAGCUGUACCUGGCGGCCAACAAGUUCAUCUGCCAGAACUUCGAGGACGUGUGCCAGACCGAGGAGUUCUUGGAGCUGACGCACUCGGAGCUGGACGAGAUCGUGUCCAACGACUGCCUGAACGUGGUGACGGAGGAGACGGUGUUCUACGCCCUGGAGUCCUGGAUCAAGUACGACGUGCAGGAGCGCCAGAAGUACCUGGCGCAGCUGCUGCACUGCGUGCGCCUGCCCCUGCUCAGCGUCAAGUUCCUCACGCGGCUCUACGAGGCCAACCACCUGAUCAGGGACGACCACACCUGCAAGCACCUGCUGAACGAGGCCCUCAAGUACCACUUCAUGCCCGAGCACAGACUGUCCCACCAGACCGUGCUGCUGACGCGGCCCCGCUGCGCGCCCAAGGUGCUCUGUGCCGUGGGGGGCAAGGCCGGGCUCUUCGCCUGCCUGGAGAGGUGAGGAGCACCUGGGCAGGGGGGUGGGCACUGCCAGCUGGGAACCCCCAAAUCACUGGGGUUGGAACAGAGCUGGGAGUCCCAGCAGAGUCUGCAGGCUGUGGUUGUUCCUUUCCUCCAUAAAAACUCUUCAGCGGGUGUUUGUUUUUAACAAGGAUGAGCCCCAUGUUCAAGAUGCUUUUUGCAGUGUUAGGGGGUUUUGUUUGUGCAAAAAAAUCUCUGAAAUUCUUUUCAUUGUGUUAAUUGAGUUAAUAAUGUGGUUAAUCAUAGUUACUUAAGUUUGUACAGUUUUUAUUUUUCUUUCCAGGUAUUUUCAUUUUACUUAAUUUUCCCUCAAUUUGUUAUUUAUUUAUUUAUUUUGUUAUUAACUUUCCCACUAUUUGUUAUUAUUUCAAACAAACCAUAAAAAUUAACAUGGUAUCUAACAAAUGUGCUUCCUGAUACUUCAAAAAUCCUUGGAAUUAAAACAAAAUCAGAGCAGAGUGAAGGAAAAUAAAGGAGACUCAGAGGGACUUUUCCCUACAACUCCCUGCCAGGAGGGGACAGCUGUGCUGCCAGGGAACAGGGACAGGAGGAGAGCUCAGGCCUCAGGCUGGGC